CGGGCGGGGCCGCGGUUCCCGGCACGCCCUGAAAGGAGGCGGCGUGUGGGCCGCGGGCCCGUAGUCAGCAGAGUGCCCGGUCCGGCAGCGAUGGACGCUAUGCGGCUCUGCGCGCUCUGGCUGCCCGGCCUGACCCUCAUCCGCCCGGGGUCGGGAACGGGCCCCGGAGACCCGACUGUGCCGGGAUGCUCUAAUUUCUCCUUCAAGUCCUGUGAAGACUGUCUAAAAAAUGUUUCAUGCCUUUGGUGUAAUACAAACAACACGUGUAUGGACUAUCCUGUGAGAAGUAUUCUUCCAUCAUCUUCACUGUGUCCACUCUACAGUGCUCGAUGGGGUGUUUGCUGGAUGAACUUUGAGGCCUUCAUCAUUGCCAUAGCUAUAAUAGCAGGACUCAUCCUGCUGUCCAUUGCUGUCUGUUGCUGUUACUGCUGCUACUGCAGAAGGCGUUCUAGGGGUAUACCAGAUGAAGAGGAGGAAAGGCUUGCCAGAGAUCGAGAGGAGAGACGAAUGCAAUCUCUUCAGCGGCUUGAAGAUCACACUCCACUGAGGGGAAUAGGGACAGGAAGGGGCAGAGGAAACAUGAAAGAAAAAUGAAACAGGAUGAGAUACGCAAGAAAUAUGGUCUCCUUCAGGAUUCUGAUCAUCCUUACAGUAGAUUUGAGAAUGAAUGAAAACAGACACUGUUGAAUCUCCUCAUCGAAAGCUAAGAUUCCAGGAUAAAUGAGCACUUUUUUAUUUUGCUUUUCAGCGGUCUUCAGGCUGCUUUUUUUUUUUUUGCAAGUUUUCAGACAGUAAAAAUAAGUGCACAAAUAUCUACUAAAAUACGUAUAUUUUAAAUCUGGCAUAUUUACCUUUUAGAGCUAAAUUUUUAUGAACACUUUUGGUUUUUGAAAUGUUUGCCAAUUGUGCUCUCAUUAAAUGUGAAAUGUCACCUUUCCUUUUCUAAUAAAUCUUUUCUUUGGAAUCUGAUUUAAAUAGUUAGCUUCCUAAUCAUGUAAUAUCUUAGCUCACCUUUCUCUUAAAAAAAAAAAAAAAAAAAAAAAAAAAAAAAAAAUUCCUCUGUUCCCAUUUUCCUAAAUAAAGAUUUUCUUUCUAAAUCUGUUGUAUGCAUAUAAGUGGUGGCAAGAGUAAAGGAAGUGCUUGACACUGCAGAAAUAUGGUAUUGAUGUUGACAAGAAAUAAUUACAGCAUACAAAUUCUUUAGUAUCAAAAUAGUAUGUAUAGUAUUUUAAAGAUGCAAAAUGUGAUUUUUUUUUUUUUGGUGUAGCAUAAUCUGAUGUAAUAGAAAUGCUCGUAUAUUACCAGGCUGUGUCCUUGGUGUGGAGAAAAAAGUCUUGAGUUAGUAAAACGGGCACAGAAUCUUUUUGAAAUUCAUGCAAAAUCUGAAUAUACAUUUGUAUAUAAGCUUGAGAGGUAAUAUCAGGCUGUUUAAAACACUUUCUUCCAUGAACAGUUCUCUAAAUUAAAAAUACUGCAUAAUGCCAAGAUAGCAUCAGUUUAACAGUAUAAUGAUUUCAUAUUUUUUACCUUUGAGUUUUUUGUGGGAAAUGUUCAUAAUGCAUUGAGUUCUGUCAUCUUCCUGGUUUGGUGAAUUUUUGUUUUUUUUUCCCCCCUUUUCUCACACAAAUGCCUUCAUUGAGCAUUUUAAAUAACUUGCUGACAUGAUGCAGCAUGAAGAGGUUCAUUCUUUUUUUCCUCCUUCAUAUUUAAUGUGAAUUUCCAAUUCUAUAUAGUUGGAAUUUACUGUGUACUAUCUUCUGCUGAAUAAAUUUACAGUACUGAA